GACAUUGAUGAGUGUGAUCUUGAUAACAUGCCAUGCAGUCAGGGUUGUAACAAUACUGAUGGUAACUUUAAUUGUUACUGUUACCCUGGUUUCAAGAUGGAGUCAGAUGAGGUCUCCUGUAAGGGUGAGUGUAACUAAGAGUUUCUUGUAUUGCUGAUUAUUAAAGAUAACUAAAAUUUUAUUUUAAGAGGCAUAAUUUUAUUUUCUUAAAAAGAUAUUGUAAUGUUACACAUUACAUUAGAUAGCCACACAGAAAUCUUUUUCCAAUAAUUCAAAUAUUGAGCAGAAUUUUUAUAAUUUUUAAAAGAAUCUAAACCAGAGAACUUAUUAAAAGCCUGAAGCUCUUUUAACAAUAUUUUGUUUGUAAAAAUAUUAUAAAAUUAAACAUUAAAGUGCUCUUGAAAUAAUAAUAUUAAAACUGAUUAUUAAAGUUUAAACCUUACUGUAACCUUUUUGAAAGCUUUUCUUGUUUUUUUAGUCUGAUAGAAAUACAAAAUAUUUAAAAAUUUGGAUUAUGAAUUUAUACUGUCUUUCCCAACUACAUGAAUGACAAAUCUGACUAAUUUUUACUGUGAUAUAUCAGUUUGUGAAGUUCCGUAUUAUGGAGAUAAUUGCAACAAAACCUGUGAUUGCAAUGGCAGAGGAUCAUGUAACACAGUGAAAGGAUGUGUUUGUAAUGAUAAGUGGACAGGGGUCAAUUGUGACAUAGAUGUUGAUGAAUGUGCCACACCAGGUGCCUGUCCUGAAGGGCAAAUUUGUGAAAAUACCAAUGGAUCAUUUACUUGCUUUUGUCCAAUAGGCUAUAUCAUUGAAGGAGUUGUAUGCAAUGGUAUGUAGCUCACAAUUAUUCUUGACUUUUAAAAUAAAUAUGGUAUAUACAUUUUUAAACAUUUUUUUUUAAACUAAAAAAAAAUCAAACUUUUUAAUGUGAAAUUUAAAUAUUUCUUCAGAUGUCAAUGAGUGUCUAAGUCCUCAGACAAAUGGGACAUGUAAUCCACAUAAUGAAGCUUGUAUUAACACUGUGGGCAGUUAUAGCUGUGAGUGCAAAUAUGGAUAUGCUAGAGAUGGUAACAAACUUUUUCAAGGUAAGUAUUUAAAAAAAAACGUAACUAUUGAUUAAUUACUUUAAUUUUCUUUUAAACAUACAGAUAAGAUAUUGAAGCUAUGUAAAAGAAAGCCUACUACACAUUGGACAAAGUUAUUAUACUAGAAGACACAGCCAUUGAAGCAAGCAUAAUUAAAGACAAGACCAAAAAAAAGCAAUAUGGAUAUUAAGUUGAAAAAAAUUAUUUGAACUUUUUUUUUAUAUCAUGUCUUCAUAUAUUUUACAAAUAAUGAUAAAUUUAGUACUAAAUAUAAUAAUAAAUAUAAUUAAUAUUAUAAUUUUAUUCAAUAGAAAUAAAAUAAAAACAAAUAUCUUCUAAUUAUGACAGUUAUAGCCUUAUUCUUUAAUUUAAAUUCUAGAGUAAGAUAUUUUAAAAAUAAUAUCCAAGAUUUUACUUAUUACUAAAAAUUAAUAUAGUAAAAAGUCUCACUAAAAGAAGCUUUAAAUAAAAUUUUAGUUUUGCUGGUCUUUUAUUAAUAAGCAAUUCAAAAGUCCAUAAAAUAAAAAACACUUGAAAAAAAGAAACAAUUAUAAAACUUAAUAACAUUCAGCAUUAAAAAAUGCUUAAAUCUAAAUAUAUUUUGUUUGAUUGUGAGCAAAUGAUGUUUUGUUAUGAAUAUGUUUUGAAAGUCACUUUUUUAAAAAGGAUUUUGAUGAAGGAUUACAUGUUUUCAUAUAUAAAUUAUGAGAUUCUUAAUCUGAAAAUCAUUUUUUAAAAUGCUUUUAUGGUGUAGGUCAACAUUAAUUUAAAAGCAUUCCCAAUUUUUGAAUUUCUUGCAAUAUGAUUUUAUAAAUAAAUUUGCAUUUUCAAUUUAUUCAGACUUACCUUUUUAUCAUUUUUAUUAACCAUAGUAAAUUAGGAAUGAUCAUUUAUUUACAUUUUGAAAUGUCAAUAUACAGACAUUGAUGAGUGCAAGCUUGGCAGGGACAGAUGUCAACAGUCAUGCCACAAUGUUGAUGGGCGUUAUAAUUGUGAAUGUGAGGCUGGUUACAUACUUGCUGAAGACAGACACAACUGUGUAAAGGGUAAUUUUUUUAGAUCUGAGAUCAGCCUUAGUGACUUGGAUGAAUUAUUAAAUUAACUAUUGAAAAUUACUUGUUUACAAGUCUGUUACAUACAGUUACAUUGUUUUUGCACAUUUAAUCUGUUUUAAAUUUUGUAUCAUUAGAGGAACAAGGUGUAACAAAGGACUGAAAACCAGUAUAAAAAGGAGGCAAAAACAACAAAGCUAGUGAUUUUCACAAUAUUCAAAUUAAUUAUGCUAUUAAAUUUAUAUAAAAAAUACAAAUUCAAUAAUACAGAAAUAAAAAUUAGAUUAGCAAAUGAAAAGGUAUAAUCCAUGAAAGAUACAAAUAUUAUAUACACCACAUAAAAAGUAUACUCUUGUAAGGCUCAUAUAAGUAUGGUACAUCUCGUGCCUAGAAAAUUUGUCAAAAAUCUCUUUCCUGGCUGGUAAAGCUGCCGUCUUGUUCAUAGUUAUGGGUAUAGAACCCUCCAGAUAAGAAAUUCUAGAAAUUGCUUCACCCAAUAGCAUUUUUUAGAACAAAUUUUUGAAUGUGAAAAAACCUUUUCUCAAUCAAGGGCCGGGUGGGCAAUUAGUUCAGUGCUACACAUUUAAUUGGUGUCGCCAAUAUAAAGAAAGGUGAAACAAGUGUUGGUUACAUCAUCCCCACAUGAGACUUUCAUAAAGUGACUGAAAACGAAGUAACUUAUCACAAUUAAAGAAUGAAAACAAAAAUAAAAUUAUCAUUAGCUUAUUGAAUGUAUUUGAAUAAUAAUUAAAUUGAAAAAAACAACAUAUUUAAGCAUAGUUUAAUUUUACAUAAGCAUGGAAGUCAAAUGUUGACAGCAUCGCAUACCAUAGGAAAGAAAUGAUACACAGAAAUGAUACAGAAGUUCUUAGACAGUCAGAUUCAGAAUAAUUUACAUAAUUUCCAUUGCACAUAUUUCUUUCAGUACAAGACCUAUGUGAAGCAGAGAAACUUAAUUGUACACAUGGAUGCAGCAUUGAUGAUAAAGAUCAACUUUACUGUAUUUGUCCCCGUGGAUACAAUUUAAUUGAACAACAUACUUGUGUGGGCAAGUAAACUUUUUAUUUAUUAAAGUUAAUUUUCAAGGAACAAGAAAAAAAAAGUCCCUUGAAAUUUCAAAAACUUUAUUUGACUAGGUAUUUAAAUUCAUCUGCUUCUGAUUCAUUUCUGCCAUUAAUGUUUUACUGUUUAACUUCUUAUAGGACCUAAAAGAAAUAUAUUAUUGAGUAUAAUAUGAAUGUAUAUUGUACAUUAUUUUAUUUGAUGUAUGCCUUUACUUUAAUUUGCAUAUGUUGAAAAUUACAACAGAUAUCAAUGAGUGUGCCUCUGCAGAGAAUAACAGCUGUUCAUACAAACUUGGGUGCAAUAACACAGAUGGUGGCUACAGUUGCUCUUGUCCUGCUGGUACCAAGUUGGAUAACAAUGGUCGAAAUUGUUUGGGUUGGUUUUUUUUCCACAGCUAAAUAAUUAUUAUGUCAUUGCCUUAAGUAAGCUUACUGUUAAAAAAAAUAAUACAUUUGCUUUUUUUUGUAAAAAUACAAUUUUAGGUCAUAAAGUACCUUUCACCUUUUUAAUUAAAAAGUAAUAAAAUAAAAAAGGAAAACAAAGUUUUCUAGCAGUUUUAUUUCUGCUUGUUGAAGUAGGUUUUAUUGCACUAGAUUCUAAUAUGACUAUAAUUUCACAGCAUGUUCCGGAGACACCUGGGGUGUAGGAUGUUCUGAAGAAUGUGCUUGUGGGAUAGGGGCUGAGAAAUGUGAUCCAGUGACUGGCUGUAUUUGUCAGACUGGAUAUACAGGUAGGUUAAGUACUAGGUGAUAAUAAAAUGGAUUUAAAAUAAAAAAAUGGUUUAAACCAAAGAUAUUUUCAACAUUCAUAUAGUAUUCCAAUGUAUAUGAUGAUGGGCUUAAUCUUCCCACCCAUAGGCUGAAGCCAGCCCUAGGAGCAAUGGGUUGAUUAGGUUGGUCCUGGCCAAGUCAAUGUAUGAAAAUCUUGAUGAUGAUAGGUUUAACAUUGUAUCUGAAGAUGAUUGAGCAUGAAGUCCUCUGCCUGGGCUAAUCCUAGUUAUGAUUGCCACGACUUAUUUUCCAGGGAGUGACUUCCCUUUGUUUAUUUUUACUAAAUUAGUUUAGGGAUCGAUUUAGGGUUUCAGGUUAGGCAUAGGGAUAGAUGACUUCACAUGAAUUGUUAACCGAGAUGGCGGCCAUUGAGAAAAUAGUGGCAAUUGUAGUCAAAAUUUACCCUCUGCCUGUUUUUGGAGGCUUUUAAGUAGCUAGAAAAAUGCAGUUUCUUUAACAGCUUUUAUAAAUUGUAAUAUAUUAUAUAGUUGUUGUACCUAAUUUCCUUAUUGCACAUUUAAACAAAUGUAUUUACAUAGGAGAGCACUGCCAAAAUGACAUCAAUGAAUGUUCAAAUGUAAAUUUCACCUGUAGUGAAAAAGAAGUUUGCAUCAAUUUACCUGGCACAGCCAUGUGUAUUUGCCAGGAUGGCUAUCACUUUGAUGUGUCCCACCUUUGUGUGGGUAAGUCUAUUUUUUUUUCUAUUAAAAUACAUAUUUAACUAAAAUGUCAGUUUUCAUAUGUUAUAAAGAGUGCAUGAAAAAAAAUACAUGAUAGUGUUUAAUUUAUUCUUCAGAUAUCAAUGAGUGCACUGGUAACCACAAUUGUACUCAAAUGUGUACAAACUCUGAAGGUUCAUACAGUUGUUCCUGCUAUGCUGGUUACACGUACAAUAGUACAAGCAACACCUGUCUUGGUAAGGUUAUUUUUAAAACAUAAUUCAGUAUUAAACCACAUUUUAUGUUUUCUUUAAGACAUUGCAAAUCAUUAUAAGGGUAAUUAUACUAUUAAUGACAAAUAUCCUAAAACUUGCCAAAUUUAGAAUCUGUUGACUUUUAAAAAUCUUUUUACUAUCAUGUUUUUUUGAGUAUGUAACAUUUCCAUUUGUCUCUUUCAUAAGAGUAUUUUCAGCUUCACAUUAUUGUUUAAUAACUGGUUAAUUUAUUUUCUAUCCAAAAUAUUAGUGUGACAGCUUAUUAGUCUAAAAUUGUUACUUUUUUUCAACAGACAUAGAUGAAUGUAAAUUAGGGAACCACCAGUGCGAUAAAAUCUGUACCAAUACAGAGGGAAGCUAUAGAUGCUCUUGUUCAAUAGGACUAUUUUUACAAACAGAUGGUGUGUCUUGUGGAGGUUAGUUCUAAGUAACUAUGAUAUUUGUGAACAGCUGUUAGUGCUGUAAAUGUUGAUUUAAGAUUUUUUACCAAGCAGCUAUUUAUAAUCAAAACAUGAGAUAUAUAUUACUAGUUAUUUUUGUUUGCAAAGUAUAUUAAAAUUUCAAUUUAAGUGAAGGAGAAUAUUUAAUAUAAAUUUGUACUAAAUGAAACAAAAUCCUGGGUUCGCUAAAGUUUCUUGAAGCUGAUUAGACCUGGAUAUGUUGUAUUUAUGAAUAGCAUUUUCAUUUGAAGUUUGCUUGAUCCAUUGCCCCAGUGAUUUCCAAUCUUUUUUACCCCACAACCCACUUGAGAACGUAUAAGUAUUUAAUACCCCUUCACCAUGGCAUAUCCAUGUUGCCAUCAGGAAAAUGGAAUUUCAAAUUCACUGCCUGAUUAAGCCUCAUGGUAUGAUAAAAUACAAGUGAAAUAUAUUUUUAUAGAAAUAAAUGAUUAAAAAUAACAAUUGUUAACGAUAAAAAAGUCUUUACAUUGUAAAUCAGUGGAUUAAACUGUUUUUAUUGACAAGUAGCUUUAGUCGUAAUUUAUUUUAGACUGAUCAUCUUCAAAAUGAGAUCAUUUUUCUGUCCUUUUUGUCAUCAAUUGUAUAUGCAUUAGAGUUUAUUAUUUUAUAAAACCAUACAUAAAAAUGUGCAACUUAACAAUAUUAUUUCCCUUUUUCAUCAGCUGACAAGCCUUGCACUAAUACAUCAUUCUGUAGUGACACCUGUGCCAACAUUGAUGGUGCUGACACUUGUCUCUGCGGCAAAGGAAAAAUCCUAGGAAAUAACAACAUGACAUGUCAAGGUGAAUAAAGUUUUUAAAAUAUUUUCAUCAAGAAAAAAUAUAUUUAAAGUGGCCAGUCAAGCAAGGGGUUUUAAUGGAAUGUAAAAGAAAAAAAAUUAUUUUUAAAGUGACAUUUAAUUUAAUGUUUUAAAUUUAUUUUUCUUAUUUGGGAUUAAUCCAAUGUAGUUUUUAUAGUUUCUUGAAGCUACAACUUGUUGCAGCAAAUAAAAGAUUCCAUUAUAAAGUGCUCAUAGAAAUGUUUGUGUUUAAUUUGACCAUUUAAAUAAUUGUUAUUGAUAUUUUUUCUUCUGUAGAGAAGAGAAUGUUUCCCUGAUAUUAAAAUUGUGAUGUGUAUUUUGAAUAAUUUUCUUUUAGACGUGGACUUGUGUGAACUUGGUUCAUGUACUGAAGGAUGUGUUGAGACAAAAGGAAAUACAAGUUUUGAAUGUUUAUGUGACAUUGGUAAAAAAUUGGCAGCUGAUGGAAUCACUUGCACAGGUAAUUUAUUAUUUUUUUUAAUUAGCUGUUGAAAUUUAAUUUUCCCCUGAACUUCUAUCUCAAAAACAAUCAUUGGCAUUUAUAUAUUCUGUUACAAAAUCUUUCAGAGUGCAUUAUUGGAAAGUAUGGAGUGAACUGCAGUAGAAAAUGCUCAUGUGACAUGUCCCACACUGAUUCAUGUGAUAACAUUAAUGGGGCAUGUGAAUGUGCAGCAGGCUGGAAGGGAGAGAACUGUACUGUUGAUAUAGACGAAUGUGCAGAUAAUUCUAGACUAUGCCAAGAUCAUUCACACUGUGUCAACACAAAUGGCUCUUCUUUCUGUGCUUGUGAUGAUGGCUUUAUUGAAAGGGAAAAUAUUUGCACAGGUACUAAAUAAAAAUAUUUCAGAAAGGCUAACGAUGUUGUCAAGAUUUAAAAACACCAAUGAAGUAGGAAGAAUGAAAUUUCAAACUAAGAAAAUUAGAAAGAAAAUGCUCUGUAAACCCAUUACCCAUAAUGAGUAAAAGUAAAUACUUUUUAAAAAACAGUAAAAAAAAAUUGUCUCAACUCCCAAUUAUUUUUUCAAGGCUUAAGAAAAAAAAGGUUAACAAAAAAUUUUAAAUAAAUAUGAAAUAUAUUUACAGGUCUAUUGUUUUUUAAAUAAAUAUUCAGAGUAUAUUAUGAGUAAGUCUUAAAACAAUUAAUUGAAAGUAUAAUAAUUUCCCAGAUUGUGAUGAUAAUUCUUAUGGACCAACUUGUAAGUUUCGAUGUACAUGUGGCAAAAAUUUCAAAUGUAACAAAACGACUGGAUCUUGUUACUGUAAACCUGGAUGGGCAGGAGAAGACUGUGACACUGAUAUUGAUGAAUGCAAGGAAACAAUUCACAACUGUAGCUCUACCCAGCAUGAAGUUUGUGAUAAUACAAAUGGGGGGUACCAGUGCAAAUGUGAUAUUGGCUACUCAAAAUCAUGCAAGUUAUGUGUAUGUGAAGGUAUGUUGUAAUAUAAUUCGUAACUUGGUUUGCAGGUGAAUUAAUCUUCUUCAAUGACAGCUGUUUUUUUUAAAUCUAAAAAUUGUUUAAUGUUUGUGUUUUUAAAAAACAUGAAAAAAACGCCUCAGGAUCUUAAGUUUCCCAAAGGCCCACUACACACCUUAAUACUUCAUUAGCAAGAAAUUACUCCUUUGAAAAGCUUGGUGUUGAAGGAGUUUGAGACAUUCUGACAUUAAUUAUGCAAUUGUUUUUUUGGUCAAUGAUAUUCUUUGGUUAUUUAGAUUAAUUUAGCCUUUACCAGAAUAUUUUUAUAAUAAUAAUAUUUUUAGUUUGAAACUAAGCAAGCAAUUAUUUUCAGUGUGCACAAUUCACCUAUUUUAUAUUUUUAUAAGAGUGUCCUCAGUGGAAGCAUGGAGAAAACUGCAUCAAGGAUUGCAGCUGUGAAAUGGCCAACAGUAGAUCUUGUGAUAAAAUUAAUGGAACUUGUGAAUGUAACAAUGGCUGGAAGGGAGACAAUUGUGAAACAGAUGUAGAUGAAUGUGCUGAGAAAACCUUUUCAUGUAGGACAAACUCUCACUGUGUCAAUACAAAUGGUUCUCACUUGUGUGAGUGUGAUGUUGGUUAUUUUGAAGAAAGCCAUGUACCAGGAGACUGCAAAGGUAAUUAAUGUAACAGUAACCAUAAGGGAUCUUAAGAAUUAAACUUUUUAAAUAUCAAGAAUCGAAGAUGAUAAAAAGUUACAUCUCCCGACAACAAAUUUUUUUCUUUUUUUUAAAAUCAAUCAUCAUAGUAAAUCAAAUUGUUUCUAUGAAGUCUGCAUCAAUUUUUUUUCUCCAAAGAAUGUAACCGCUGGGCGUAUGGUGAUAAUUGUACCAAGAAUUGCUCCUGUGUAAUUGCCAACAGUCAAUCUUGUGAUAAAAUUAAUGGAACUUGUGAAUGUAAAACUGGAUGGAAGGGAGUUAACUGUGAAUCAGAUCGAGAUGAAUGUAAUGAGAAAACAGUUUCCUGUAAGACCCAUUCUCACUGUGUCAACACAAAUGGUUCCUACAUGUGUCAAUGUAAUGUUGGUUACUUUGAUGGCAAUCACACAAAUGGAGAAUGUAAAGGUAGGAAAUGUAACAUAGAUACUGGCAUUAGAUUGCACUUUUCAAUAAAGGUUUUUUUAUGGAUAAAUAUUGCUUUGGUUAUUUUGAUAACAUAAUUAGCCAUGAUUCUGUAAUGAUAUUUUCAUCACGUACAUUAGUACACAAGUAAAGUCAUUUUAAAAUACAUUACAGAUAUAGAUGAAUGUACACAGAAAUCUGUGUCCUGUAAGACCAAUGGGCACUGUGUCAACACAAAUGGUUCCUACAUGUGUCAAUGUAAUGUUGGUUACUUUGAUGGCAAUAACACAAAUGGAGAAUGUAAAGGUAGGAAAUAUACUUACUUUUCUGUAUACUAGGUAACUCAAAGAACCUGAAAAAACACCACAGUAUAAUAUGUUUCACAAAUUGUCAGAACAAACCUAAAUCAGUGGCACUACAGCCCAUGUAGGGCCGUGGCCUGCUUUACCACAUCCUUCCACUCGGAGCGAUCCAUGGCUUUCCGUCUCCAUGCUCGAACCCCCAACUAAUGUAAAUCUGUCUCCACAUCAUCAAUCCACCUCAUCCUUGUGCGACCGGUGAGUCGUCUGCCCCUAGGCUUCUUCCUGUAUAUAAUUUUGGCUGCUCCGGCAUCCUUUCAACAUGAGCUGCCCAGCGUAUUGUGCCUUUUUUAUCAUUGUGACUAUGGGUGGUUCUUUGUACAAAUAGUAAAGUUCUUGGUUUGUACGUAUUCUCCAGGUAUCAUUUUCUAUCACUGGUCCGUAUAUUUUGCGGAGGAUUUUUCUCUCCUUUGUGUUGAGCAGGUUCUCUGCUUUUCUGGUGAGGGUCCAGGUCUCACUAGCGUACGUUGCUACAGGUCUUAUGAUGGUGGUGUAUAUUGUCUUCUUUGUUCUGGUGAGAGUCCAGGUCUCACUAGCGUACGUUACUACAGGUCUUAUGAUGGUGGUGUAUAUUGUCUUCUUUGUUCUGGUGAGGGUCCAGGUCUCACUAGCGUACGUUACUACAGGUUUUAUGAUGGUGGUGUAUAUUGUCUUCUUUGUUCUGGUGAGGGUCCAGGUCUCACUAGUGUACGUUACUACAGGUCUUAUGAUGGUGGUGUAUAUUGUCUUCUUUGUUCUGGUGAGGGUCCAGGUCUCACUAGCGUACGUUACUACAGGUCUUAUGAUGGUGGUGUAUAUUGUCUUCUUUGUUCCCCUUUAUAGGUUUUUGUUUCCCAGUAGCUUUUGUAGACUGAAAUAGGAACGGUAGCCUGCUGUUAUCCUUUCUUUCACCUCUGUCAUUAUCUCAUUGUGCUCAUUUAUAGUUGCCCCUAGAUAUUUGAAUGUAGCCACUCUCUCAAAUUUGUGGUUGUUUAUAUUGAUGUUAUUAUCAGCAUGGGAGUUUCUUAACAUUAUACCACAGUAUAAUACGUUUCACAAAGUGUCAGAACAAACCUAAAUAAUUUAUUAGUGAGAAUUGCCUCCUUUUAAAAGCUUGUUGGGCAAGGAGUUUGAGACAUUCUGACAUUAGUUAUGCUAUAGUCUUUUUUGGGCAACAAUAUUCUUUGGUUAUGUAGAUUAAAUUAGUCUUUACUGGUAUAGUUUUAUAAUAAUAUUUUUAGUUUGAAACUAAGCAAGCAAUUAUUUUCAGUGUGCACAAUUCACCUAUUUUAUAUUUUUAUAAGAGUGUCCUCAGUGGAAGCAUGGAGAAAACUGCAUCAAGGAUUGCAGCUGUGAAAUGGCCAACAGUAGAUCUUGUGAUAAAAUUAAUGGAACUUGUGAAUGUAACAAUGGCUGGAAGGGAGACAAUUGUGAAACAGAUGUAGAUGAAUGUGCUGAGGAAACCUUUUCAUGCAGGACAAACUCUCACUGUGUCAAUACAAAUGGUUCUCACUUGUGUGAGUGUGAUGUUGGUUAUUUUGAAGAAAGCCAUGUACCAGGAGACUGCAAAGGUAAUUAAUGUAACAGUAACCAUAUGGGAUUUUAAAUUAUUGAGUUUUUUAAAUAUCAUUUAUCUACGAUAAUAAAAAGUUAUGCCCUACAAAAAACAACAGCAAAGCAUCAAACAAUUAUCAUAGUAAAUCAAAUGGUUUCUAGAAGUCUGCAUCUUUUUUUUUUUCUCCACAGAAUGUAACCCCUGGGCAUAUGGUGAUUCUUGUACCAAGAAUUGCUCCUGUGUAAUUGCCAACAGUCAAUCUUGUGAUAAUAUUAAUGGAACUUGUGAAUGUAAAACUGGAUGGAAGGGAGUUCACUGUGAAACAGAUGUAGACGAAUGUGCUGAGAAAACAUUUUCAUGUAGGACUUAUUCACAUUGCAUCAAUGUUAUGGGAUCAUUUGCAUGUGAAUGUAAUGACGGUUACUUUGAUAAAAAGAAUGAGUGUACAAGUAUGUAG